AUGAUGUGUUAUUCACCUGAGCGUCCACCGUCUCUUAAUGCUCAAAUGAACCGUACACAUUCCACAGAUACUUCAAAUAAUGAUAAAACUCUGCGAUCCCACACACCGGCGAUAUCUCGACAUUCUCCAUGGCGUCUCGCUCACUCUUUACACGCCGCGAAUUUCUCACCAGACUUAAAUUACUUCUACGGCACCUUUUCUCUCUCCGCACGGUAUGCCUUGCAUGGAAUGGAAACACCAACUCCAUCCAUGUUGGGAUCUUCUCUGCGAAGUAGUACCAUGCGUAAAUUGGCUAUGCGUAGAGGAGGAGGAAGUGGAAGUGGAAGUGGAUAUAAUAGAAACGAUAAUAAUAAUAAUAAUAAUAAUAAUAAUAAUAAUAAUAAUAAUAAUAAUAAUAAUAAUAACGCAAUAGACCAUCCAAUGCGUAAAUUACGUGAACUUGGUUCCAUUAUUAUAACUAGUGCGGAUAUGAAAAAUAAAACCAUCAGCAGCAGCACCACCACCACCACAACAACAUUACCGCCCUUAACGACUUUAUUAGAGGAAAUAGUGAUUCCGUUAAAUUACACUGUGCGAUUACAUGAUGUGGAGGGACGAAUGUUAAAUGUCUCUGGAGAAGCUGUAGAAAGUUCUCCCAUCGCAUCUUGUAUAUCACAAUCUAGUAUAUAUGAUGGAAGUUCAUUUUCACUAAAACCCUUGUAUGAUAUUUCUAAAAUAAAUAAUAACAACAACAACAACAAUGACAUCAUCAUUAAUACCAAUUUAGAUAGUUCUUAUAAUCUUUUGAGUAGAUCUCAUAAUGGGGAUCUUCAUCAUUAUAGUUCUAUUAUUCGAAUAAGAGAUGUUCCUCUUUGGAAACGCUAUACAACGACCAUUACACUUUAUAUGGCAUUAGCAGAUGCUGGUUUUUGUGAUAUCUCUAUUCCUUUUGUAAGUAUACAAUGGAUAGAUUGGCGAAAACUAUUAAGAGAUCAAGUACAUCUUCGACUGGAUAUGAUGGGGAAUAACAUCACACGGGCAAUGUUACAUCCAAAUAAUCAAUCACAUAUAAUAGAGAAAACAUCUUCACAUGAUGAAAAGGAAGAAUAUGAAAAGUUAUUAAUCGUACCAGUAGCCGUUAUACUUCCAAGAACGAUAAAAGGUACAUUACGACGUCCAAUCACAACAGAGUUCAUGCCAUCUAUUACGACUAGUCCUUUUACAGAUGUGGAGGUUUUUCAACUCUUUUAUUUACAAUUACUAUUUCGAGCCUUAUAUGAUAUACGUUUCCCUGGAUUUAUGUUUGGUGAAGAUCAUAAUUUAUUUCGUUCCGAUCUCAUCGCCGUUCACAGUAGUGGAAGACAACCCUUAGCCUUUCAAAUCCCAACAUCUCCCAAUCGUUGGUUACUUUUCCCUCCAAGAUCUAAAAUUCUACACUUAAUGGGUCUUGAAGAGGCGGUAAUUCCUUACUUUGCCUCUUCACAACAAUAUCGAGAAACAUCUAAACAAAAACUUGCGGGUGCUACUUUAUUAUUACCAUGUCAAGGUUCAUUAGGAAGACGUGUAGUGGUGGAUUGGGCUAUGCAUCUAGUUAUUCAUACCCCACAAGAGGCUUCUGAUGCUUUAAAGGAAUUAUUUACUCUUUUUGAUUCUGUAUAUGGAGUCGAUAGAAGUGUGGUGUGGAAUGCUCCCGUGACCCCUCGUAUUUAUCGUUGUAGUAAUACUGCAUGGAUGCGAUUGAAGGAAAAUAAUGAGGAUUUGUCUUUUUUGUUUACUUCGGUUACUUUACCAGGGAGUACUAUUCCAUUGGAAAGUGAUGAACAACCGAAAGAACAUCCUUCAGUAGAUACUAUU